AGCAUUUCAAAUGUCAAAAAAGCACCAAUCAAUUGACACAAAGGCAGAGUAACCAGAGGAGACCAGAUUGCACUGUUCAUUUGUCAACUCUCCCUUGUUUUUCAAUAGUGUAGAUAUGUAGAUUGUCGACAAGGAUGUCGCAGGACAGAAGUUCCAACUCCAAUUCCACACUUAAAGAGUGCAAAGUCAAAGUGUGGCAGCUUUCUCACAUCAGCUCUAUUUGCCUAUUCUUGAGAUUUAACCAUCUGCUCCGUUUUCUCUUUUGAGAGAAAGGACUGGUCAAGAACAAAGUCAGGUUUCAUCAACUGACUGGAAUGGAAGCUGAAGAAAAAGUUGUAAUUGUUGUUGAUCCUGGAAGUGAGGUCAAAAUCAGUGUCAAUACUUCCAAGCCUAUCCCCCCUGGGCAAGUAGAAUUACCAAGGUACACACACUACUCUGCAAGCGCAAUACAUUUAGCAUCCUUGAUCAACGAUAAGUUAUCCAUGUUAGCUUCAGAUCCUCUUAAUUAUGGUACAGUUUGUAUCUAUAGAGUUCCUGAGAAACUAAGGAGGAAAAAUGAAGAAGCCUAUACGCCUCGGUUAGUCUCGAUUGGUCCCCUUCACCAUGGUGAUGCCCAGUUGAAAGCCAUGGAAGAAUACAAAUUCAAGUAUCUAAACAAUUUCCUGCACACUUUUAAAAUUCCGCUAGAACUUUUGGCAGAAUAUGCCCAUAGUCAGGAGAAGAAUGUAUGUGGUUGUUAUGAAGAUACCUACAUCCGAGAUCUCUCGAAAUUAUCAGAAGUGAUUUUGUUUGAUGGUAUUUUUAUCAUUGAGCUCUUCUUAAAGAACUACUUUCCUGAAAUGAGAGAGAUGGGUGAUACGAUAUUUGAAAAUCGUUGGGUGUCAAGUGAUAUAGUGCACGAUUUGCUGCUUUUAGAAAACCAACUUCCUAUGAGGUUCAUUGCUACAAUGUAUAAUGGUUUUGUUUCCCGAAAACUGAGCAAGUUUUUGGAUAAUGAGACUGACGAGCCGCCAUCUUUCGAUAAACUAGCUUUUGAGUACUUAAAGAAUGUAGGGAACACCAGGAAACUAGAGCCGAGUACGACCCAUUCAUUUCCUCGUGCAAGGCAUCUGGUUGAGUUCCUAGCAGUGCUUCAUAGGCCAUCACAUCCAAGAGCUGAACCAGAAGAAGGAAAGAAAGUAGAAUUUGGCAAAUGUGCUACUGCAACUAAGUUGCGGGCAGCGGGAGUAAAGUUCAGUCAUGGAGCAGAAAAAUGUUUAUUUGAUGUACGCUUUGAGAAAGGGGAGUUAGUAAUUCCACAGCUCACCGUAAAUGAUUUCACAGAGACUUUUUACCGGAAUCUGAUAGCCUUUGAACAGUGUGGCUAUAAUUCCAAGGACAUAACAAGCUAUGUUAUUCUGAUGGAUAACUUGAUAGACACCCCCAAGGAUGUUGAUCUACUCAUUGAACAUAAAAUCAUUGUGAAUGAACUUGGAAGCAGUGAACAGGUGGCAGAUGUUUUCAACAAUCUCUACAAAGAGAUUGUAACGGAUCCAAAGGAGUUUUAUUUUGCUAACCUCUGCAAUCAACUGAAUGAAUACAGCAGAGACUGGCUGCACAAGUUGGUGACAAAGUUAACCGAGUGGAUUGCAAGCCUACGCCGUGAUUAUUUUCAGAGUCCAUGGGCUAUCAUCUCUUUUAUUGCUGCCUGUAUACUGCUAGUUCUUACUGUUAUUCAGACAGCAUGCUCUAUACUUCAGGUGUAAGCUCAAAUCUCCUUGUAAGUUUCUUCAGAAGUGUAAGUUAUUCAGCAUUUCAUGUGUGUGUGUGUGUGUGUUUUCCCUUUCCGGUUACUGAAGCUAUCCUUGUAAUUUGUUGUCGCAUGAUUGAAAUCUGAAGAUCACCUCCGCUUUUGUAAAAGUGAAAUAACAUUUUUUGCACAUCUUCCUUGACUCUUUA